GAUGGCUUUCCCAGUCGACGCCCAACACAACGACGAACCCCCGCGAACUCGACGACGUACCCCCGCCGUCUUAGCGACGCGUAGCUACACGUAGCUGUACCCUCUCCAGGCCACUCGACGCAGCCCACGACAGCCCAGGCAAAAGCUCCUUCCGGCCCUCCCGCCGCUCGCUCGCCCAAGGCCCACGACCGCGUCGACGACCUACAACGAUGGCCUACGGCUGAGCACCAUGGCCCUCCCCACAUUGCAGUUCCUGGCGGGGCUCCUCGUGCUGCUGUACCUGCUCUCUUUCGUCUUAUUCGCCUUCAUCCGCGUCGUCACAGGCGUCUCGGUGCAGCGACUGGGCUACUCGGGCCUGCGGCGCAUCGCCUUUACUCCCAAGGAUGGCCUGCGCAUCGAGAUUCGCGGACUGGGCUUCUCCCUCCACCGCCCCACCUUUGCCCAGCCAACAUGGGUCAGCGUCGUUCUCACAGAGGCCAAGGUCAUCGUCGACCUCAAGGCCCUGGGAGAGAAGCCUCGAAAAAAGGCGCGAUGGGCACACUGGACCAGUGCGUCGACGCACACCGACAAGGCCGAAAAGAGCAUCUCGGAGCUCGCGCCCGAAGACGAGAGCGAGGCCCCCGACGGCCCUGGGAGCCAGACAUGGAAGCGGCUGACGGAGGCCAAGGAGCAAAUUAAGCGUCUGCACGGGAAGAUUCUGUGGAUUCGGCAGGUGGAUUUGAUGGCGCAAGGAGUCACCAUGGUUGUAAAGGAUGUGGGCUCUCUGCACGUGGGCAGCCUGGUCGUGGCUGUCGACACGAGGCGCAAGACUGUCGACCACAGCCGCCUCUUCAAUCACCACAAGCCAAAGCCAGACGAACAACAGCGCCCAGCCGAGUGGCGCUUGAUCGCUCGUACCGUCCUCUUCACACCCGAGGGUCGCGAGUCGACCGAGAUUCUGGACCACUGCACCCUCAACAUCCAUGGUUUUCUCAAAAAGGAGCUGGAGGGCUUGCGUGAUGCGUCCAUCGCCCUGAAGCUCGGUCGCCUGCUCAUCCCCUAUGACGAUCUUCACCUAUGUCUCGAGCGUGCAAAUAACUGCCGACCAUCGCACUCACUAAAGAGUGCCCAUAUUGGCCACACGCCCAUCUCAUUGACCGAUAUCAUUGAAGAGCUAGACCAACCAGGCACCCGCAAAAAGGGUAUUGCCCGCGCUGUUUCGGACUCGAAAGAAUUUGCCAGCUCUAUUCUUCGCGGCAUACAUGAGUUCCAAUUCGCUGUCAGCUUCUUGGGCCUGACCAAGCAAUUCCACGCCAACCAUGAAUUGGAACCUCCAGUCUACCUGAAUAUUUCGAUGAAGGAACUCGGCAUGGACCUGCUCCGGCUGGAUCCUCGCAGUCCUGCUCAUCUCAUGUACUUUUCGCCUGAUGACAUCGCUCACCAGGCCCUUCUUGCCGCCACUCAGAUAUCCGUUGGACUUGACGACGGAAAUGGCCAUCCUGAGCGUCUCCUCUAUAUUCCCAUGGCUACCACUACAUUGAACACUACACUUCCUUCGAAGACCGUUCAGUUCUCGGAUGACGAGAACAGUGCUGAGCGCAAUACCAAUAUCUUAUUCGCCAAUCUUGUCAUCACUUCUCCAUCCUUGGAUCUUGAUCCUAAGCACUUACCUCUACUCCUUGCCAUGUUUCGGAACUUCAAGUCUCAGCGUAAACCCUCCAAAGAUAGAAAUCGCAAGCGUAAUCUAGUUGGUCGACUCUUACCGAAGGCGAAUAUCAAGAUUUCAGUGCACGAACCUGUCAUUCGAGUGACGUUACCCCCGACAGACCCGGAAAAGCAGGGAUCUGACGAGUUUGAUCUACUCAUCUCAGCCUCCUCGUCCAUGUCCUGGGAUAUGGAGUCGUCCCAUGCUGCAGAUGGUGAGCUCCACUAUGCGCUUGUAUCAACCUUCCGUAUGAAUUCACAGCAACUCUACUACCAGAACACAUCAAGCGAGAAGCACAACCUGCUCACUACAGAUUAUCUUGAAACCAAAGCACAGCUUAGCGCUACUCCAAACAUUGCGCUGGAGAUCAGGUCGACUGCACAGUCGUUUUCUAUUUCCCUCGUGCGACCCGAAAUUAUUGAAGGGCUUCGACAGAUCAACGCUCAAUUGCAGAAGGAUAUGAGUCGAGGACAGAGCACAUCCAGAAAGCAGGCCAAUUUCCUCCGCAAGUUGCCGCCGUGGCUUGCGUAUGUCCACCUACAGGGCUCGGACUGGAAUCUAGAGGUCGCUGGUGUUGAUCCUGCGGUAUCGAAGCAUAGCCGGGGCAUUGCUUUGCAUCUGGACACCUGGACAGCUGAGUACAAGCAGAGUCGAGAUGAUGAGAGUGAGCUGAAGCCUGUACGACGCCGCGCAAGUCGUACAAUCAACCGUGAUGAGCACUUACUACGGUCCUCAACAAUCUCAUCGCCUAUGUCGCCGAGAAAAACGAUGGGUAAUGCAACAGAUGGGAGACGACUUGCUCUACAUUUUCAUGGUCUGGAGGGUCUCAUCAUUGAGAGUGCUGAUCAGUGGGAGAAUGAUCCUUGCCUAUCGUUACCAGCCAUUGAGAUAGCCUUCAGCACAUCAUCAGAUAAACAGGGUACACUGUUCCAUGUGCAUUGCUUCAGCCAGAGUUUGUUUGUACAUCAUUCUCUUUACCGUCAUUUCGCCGUGAUGAUGGCUAUGCAGGUACUGGCAAGGUCUUUUCAUUGGCGCACUGAGCCUGUCACCCAGGAGGUGUCAACACCUCCCAACUUGUCUCGUCACUUGACGGCACUAUCCCUCGACGACGAUAGUGUCGACUCUUUGAGCAAACUGAACCCCGAGAUCAUGACGAUCGAGGCCAAGGCGCAGUUUGUUCAAGUAAAGAUAGACAUGCCCUCGGAUCCCCAUCUUAUGCUUCAAAUUUACGGAUUGGAAGCGAGUCGGAAUCGAUGGACCAAUCCUCAAGUCCGAUCACGUCUUGUACGCUUAUAUGCUGAAAACCCCAACAUAGAGCAUGUCUGGAGUCGCAUUGUGUCUGUCAAGUCUUUACGAAUAGACUACAGAAAAUCGAAGCGGAGAUAUGGUCACACAGUCACCAACGAACAGUCGUUCGAUGUCGCCACGGAUGCCAUCCGUUUCGCUGUGCCACACCAACUUGUGAUACACAAGAUCUUCGACAACGUCGCAAAUGUUACCAAGACCAUCAAGCAGGUGCAACACCGCUUCAGGACUGGGUCAGACGAUUAUGUGCUGAACAAGGAGCCAGAAGGCCCCAAGCAUGUGCCAAAAAUAUCGCUACGGAGUCGUGCGGUUCUUUUCGAACUUGAGGACAGCUCUUUCGAAUGGAAACUCGGCACCAUAUAUCGCAUCGGAUUGAUGGAGCAAAAGCAGAGGCUUGCACGAGCACAGGCCUUCGAUCUGAAAGUGAAAAGGCUGCAACACUUGGAUGAACAGCGUGGUAACUCGCGUCAACGUGCAAGGUCGGCUCACGGCCAUCGGGCGCGAAGCAAAUCAAAGAGGAGAGACAAGGAGUUUAAGUUUCACCGACGCGGUAAGAGCGAGGAUUCGAGUGGACGAGACUCGAUGAAUCGAGACCGAAUGGACUAUCCAAUGCGGUACAACUCGGAUGGGUUUAGUGGUCUCAGCGGUUCGUGUCAAACUUCUAUUGAAGAAGCCCGCGAGAAGUUGAAUCGUCUAAAUGCUCAAACCUGGAGGAAGCGCAUUGAUCAUGCGUUGGGUACCCAAACCAGAGUCAUGCACGACAUUCGCUCUGUAUUUUGGGGCUUGGACGAGAUACCAGACGGUGUUGAGCAGAAAGAGACCAUACUUGCCAUACCUCAACGACCAGCACUCAUGGCGCUUGCAGUGAGUGAUUUGGAUAUUGUCGUUGACAAACCCUCAUUUCCGUUAUCCGAGUAUCCGCGAUUUCUUCACCGCGUUGGUAAAGGCAUGCCUUUCGAGACCCAAUAUGCUCUACUCAUACCGAUGCUCCUUCAAGUCAAUAUGGGCGAGGCCAAGAUUGUCCUUCGGGACUAUCCAUUGCCACUCCUGCACAUCCCCUCGAUAGGGACUGCUUCAUCGUCACGUUUACCGAGCCUGUCAUUGAAGACCGACUUCGUGAUCGCGGAAGAAUACCGAGACGUUGAGUCUUCGAGAGUAAGCAGGGUGGUUGUGGUACCCCAGGAGUGCACGUCUUCCGGCGAACUCACUGGAGGGUUUGCGGUCGACAUUCGUCGCACCGUAGCGCCUGUCAAGACGUACUCGGAGAUGGCGAUUGAUAUCAACUCCGCGCAUCCCACCAAGAUCACUUGGGGUACGUCAUAUCAGCCUGCAAUUCAAGACAUGAUGCAGGUCAUCGAGAACUUCACGAAACCUGCGAUCGACCCAUCUGAACGUGUUGGCUUCUGGGAUAAGAUACGAUUGACCUUCCAUUCCCGUAUCAAUGUGUCGUGGAAAGGAGACGGAGACGUUCAUCUCAUUCUGAAAGGUUCGCGCGAUCCUUACAUGGUCACUGGUCAUGGUGCAGGUUUUGUCAUGUGUUGGCAGAACGAUGUCCAGCUUAGUGUUGCCGAGGAUGAGGACCCCAGAAACUUCAUGAAAGUCACGAGCGGAAACUACGUUCUAGCUAUCCCAGAUCUCAGUCAUUACGCACGCCAUGACGCUGACUCACUGGACUCGACCACUCGUCCAGAGACUGCUUCUAGUACGUCUAGUCGGAAGCAGCCCGCUGUGUUUAAGAAGACAGUGAUGAAGUUGAAUGGUAACGUUCGUUGGGUUGUUGGGCUGGUAUUCGAGCGGACUCUUGAAGACGGUGGGCGCUCUUUCAACUUUGGUCCUCAUUACGAUGUUGUAUUGAAGAAUCCCAAGCAUGCCAGGCCAUCAGGGAACAAGCAAUACGAUGCCUUCCGAGGGUUUCGUAGUGACCAUAUCCACAUGUCCAUUGCCAUCGCUGCACCGUACGACCGAGAAUGGUCUGUCGCUAAUCUCGAGCCUUCAAAAACAUACAAUAGUGUUCAUCUUACGCCCAGAUUCUUCACACACUUUUUCAGUUGGUGGUCAAUGUUCUCGGGAGCUAUGUCCUUACCCGUACGACAAGGCAAACUGUGGCCCGGCGUGGAAAAGUCUAGCAAGAAGUUUGGGCGACAUCUGGCCACCAUCAAGUACAACCUCUUGCUUUCACCGCUAUACAUGAGCCAUAUCUACAAGCACAAAGACGCGGAAGACUAUGGAUCGGAUGUUGUUUCGGCAACAGGCUUGAAAGCGCGUUUCGACAGUUUCAUGCUCGACCUACACAUGCGGCGUGAAGAGUUCCGGACUGUGGUACAAGCGCCCAAAAACCAAGCGGACAGCAAACAGAAUCAGACCACUGGCAUGCGCAUAAACCAAGUACAGCUUGAUCUAAUCAGAACGGACGUGCGCGCCAUCUCGGCUAGUAUCGCGGCAAUCAACUCCGAUGAUGUUGACAAUGCGACGACUGAGGAUAUUGCAAACUUCAACCAGGAGUAUCUUCUUGCUGAUCUUUCCAAGUUCACGAUUCCAGACAACGAUUGGGGUUGGGUGGAUAUGGACGAUUUCAUUGAGUUGGGCUGGAUUUUGCCAUCGAAUCGUCACCCGGAAACACAAAUCUUGCCACUUGCUUUUGCUCCCCAUUUCACUUACUUCCGUCAAACCGACCACGCCGACAACAUCUCAGGUGAUCCCAAUCGGACCAGUGCGUUCGGGAACGAGCCUACGCACCAUUGCGUCAUGUCAGCACGAAAUGAUCCUCGGCAAAUACAAUGCGGACUGAUUGAACAGCGUAUACAGCGCGUCAAAGAACAAGUUGCAUUCAACCAGAACGCGAUCGGUGAUCAAGAGCUCAAGAUUGUCCGCGAACCCGAGGGCAAAGAAGAGUGUGAACGUCGCUUGGACACCCUGCAAGAGCAUGCUCAAAUCCUCCAGCGCAAAUUGGAAUUUCUGGUAUCAAUGCAUGAGAGCCUAAUUGAGGAUCUGCGCGCGAACGAACGUGUUACGGUUGCUGUUCCUGACAGUGAUACAGAUGAGAAAGACGAGUAUCACGAGGCCCAUGAGCAUUAUCCUUCAGCAAUGCCAGAGGAGAAGGGCACAAGUACGGCACCCAUCGCCGACUAUAUCAGUGACUUCAACAAUCGAUUCAUCAUCCACAACGUCCAUCUAAAAUGGAGUAAUUCGCAACGUAACAUUAUACUUCGCUACAUACACCAGGUCAGCCAGCGUCGUGGUUUCGUCUACUACAUGUCUCGUCGAGCAGUAAAAUUCAUACUUGACGUCGUGGAAGAACAGAACAAGUCGCGCGGACCUUCAACAUCGGAACGUUAUGAGGGAUCGACCACGCCCAUGACUCCACCAGACGAGUCAGGCCCAAGCAUCGAUGAUCAUGUUGAACAACUGCUGCAAGAUGCUAGGAAUUUCAUUGGUCCAGAGGAGCCGACUCGGGGCGAAGUCUCUGACCAGCCCGAAUCCCAUCAAGCCAAUGGAGGCGGUAUCGCUUCCGAGUAUGUCCCUCAAAACGCAUAUAUCGUUCGUCUCAUUGCUCCGCAAAUCCAACUGCAGAGUGAAAAAGAUAUCAAGGCCGCAGUGCUGGUGACAGCAAAAGGCAUGCAACUCAAGGUGCUCCAGAUCAUGGACAGAGAUAGAGUCAACGACGAUGUCUCUGGUUUGGUUCAGCGACGUUUCACGGCUGCCAUGAACAGCAUGCAGAUAUUUGUCACAAACACAAAGACUUUUGGUAGCAUGGAAGAUAUUCAUAUGUAUUCUGGAAGUACGUACGGGGCACCUGUACGGUCGGCCUGGCCGCCUUGGGUGCCAUUUGAAGUCAUGUUCGAAUUCCACUCGACCCCCUAUGGCUUCCAACGGGUCAUUCAAAAGACUUCAGCUAGCAUGCGUUUUGAUAAGUACAAUACCCUUCGUUUGAAGUACAAUGACGACAUCUCUGGCGGCGACUCCGCCUCGUCGACGAGUGCGACCAACAAAGAGAGUAGGAUCGAUCACAUCUGGGUUGACUUCCCUCACAUCCGAGCUCUUUGCGAUUCGAGACAGUACUACGCGAUGUACGUCAUUGUACUCGAUUUAUUGUUGUAUAGCGAACCUCUAGGUAAAACGCGUAAUGAACGCCUUGAGAAAAUCAUGCUCGCCUCGGAUUUCAGCGAUCUUACUGGCGCCCCUAAUCUUGUUAUCGGCCUUCAAGAGCGAAUCCGUCAACUGGAAGAGAUCAAAACCGUCUUCCAGGUCAAUGAAACGUUCCUCGACAAGCAAGGUUGGGAAGAUCGUAUCGAAGUCGAGAAGGAUUUGGCCAUAUACGAAGAUGAGCUAUUCUUCGUCAUGAAGGCCAUCACUACCACGCAGCGCAAGCAAGACGAUCGUGCACAAGCAAAGGAGUCUACAGGACUGCUGCGUUGGUACAUCUCGGCAUCAGAGAUCGUCUGGCACCUUCUCCGUGAAGGAGAAGAAUCUUUGGCGGAAUUCCAGCUAAAGAAUGCAGUAUACGAUCGCACAGACCACAAUGACGGCUCAAAUUCCAACUUACUGGAGAUUGGCAAGGUUCGCGGCUUGAACCUGCUUCCAAAUGCACUGUAUCCUGAAAUGAUUUCGCCCUACCUUGAGAAGAACCGUGUUUUACCAAAGAAUGCUAGGUGUCUCAAGGUCGAGUUCAUCAUGCUUGAAGCCAUAGCUGGUAUUCCUGUAAUGGAACACUUCGAAGUAAGUCUGUUCCCGUUAAAGGUACAAUUGGAGUACGAGAUAGGCAAGAAACUCUUCGAGUAUGUUUUCCCUACUGGCAAGAACAAAAACGGGGAGAAUGGAAACUCUUCGCCUUUCUUGAUCAAGCAUGCUCUCCCCUCGCCAGACGAGGAUGAUGAUGAUGGAAACGACGCUAGUGUCAAUACCAGCAUGAGCGCGUCAUUCUCACAAGGGAAUGGCAUAGGGGAGGCUCUCAAGCAACGCCUUACUCCUACUCUGCAACUACCAGAUCCGCAGCAGAAGUCCGAUCGCAAGAUCAAAAGCAGCCCAGAGAAGAGACCCGGCGCUCAAUACUUCCGCUUCUUCCGCGACAACCCAUCUCGAAGCGGGACUGAGCUUCGCAGGACCUUGCAUCCUAGUUCGGCACUGGCACCGCCCGGAAGUUCACCUGCAUAUGUCCCGUCCAGGCCUGGCUCCAUUCGAACGGGUUCAACGACGGGCUCUAUCGCAGCGUCUCAAAACGAGUCUGAACGGAGUAGUAAGCGAUUCGCACUCUAUCGCACGGGAACCAACAACACUAUUGCGAGCGACAAACGUACUAACAAGAAGCCGAGAAGCGAUGACCUCACGCAGAUGAUGAACCGUGCGAAUAACUACAUGACGCUGGCAUACAUCAACAUGCAAUCCACAACACUCUGCCUAUCUUACAAAGGCAAAGGACAGCGCAAUUUCGAGGAUGUGCACGACCUUGUCUUCAAGAUGCCGACCCUCGAAUAUCGAAACAAGACGUGGUCGAAUCUGGACCUCGCACUCCAGCUCAAGAAGGAUAUCAUGCGCGCCCUCAUUUCCCACACCGGCGCCAUCAUCGGCAACAAGUUCUCACAGCAUCGCCCUUCAAAGAACGCACCGUCCCGCCUACGCCAACUUACAAGCAGCAGUACCAAACUCGCGGCGUCGCCCGAUCUCUCGGGCACAGACUCGAACUCGAUACGCGACUACAGUGCUGGCGAGUCCGACACCGAAGCCAAUUCAAGGCAAUCCUUCACUAGCGGGCGCCAAGGGAGUGUAUUUAGCACCGUGUCCGAGGAGUCCUCACAGCGCUCCCUCCGACCGGGCACCAGCUCCGACGCGCGCUCCCUCCGACCGGGCACCAGCUCCGGCGCGCGCUCCCUCCGACCUGCCACCAGCUCUGGCGCACGCUCUACGCACGGCAGCAUCAUGGGUGGCUACCACGGCCUUGGCAUUGACGAAGUGGCCGAUGGACGGGCGUUUGCGGACGAACUGUCAAGAGUUGACAACACGGAGCCUGUGCAUGCAAAUCUAAUUCACAGUCUUAGCAAGCACUUGACACAAGUCACACCGUUUUCUGGACAUAGAAGGGAGAGAGCGGUGAGUGGCGGCGCGAGUAUGAAGGAAGGGAGUUUUUUGGGGGGCGAAGAAGGAGAUGGCGAGGAUGGGCCUAAAAAGAAAGCCAAGAUGUUCGCUCAGAAGUUUCUUGGUCGCAGUCACGGCAGCUAGUGACUCUUGUGCGCGUUAUCCACCUCAUCACGGUCGGUAGUAAUGGCUUCUUUCACGAAGUACCACCGGGCUCUCACUAUUGUGAGUUGUUAUAUUGUAUGUACCAUUGCUUCUCACUUUAGAGUCUUGUUUGCUAUGUGUUUCUUUCGUGUGGGGAAAAUUGGUUUGCUACGCGCGACACCGGCGUCAAGAUAGAUGGAGGUCUGCUUACGUUGUUGGUUGCAUUGGGAUACUGUCGUCUUGCGAUUUCAUUUUUGUUUUGUACAGCACUAGAUGAUACGUCCAUAUAAUACGCUACCAAUUUCUUCGUUAUAAAGCCCGUGCCUUCUGUCAAAGGCUAUGAACAUAUGUUGUUGCAUUGCAUGUAAGUAAGUCGAAUAUAGACUAAGCACCC